CAGCAAUGCCUUUCUUCCAUUUAUUUGCACUAUCAGAUCACUGAUAUCUUUGCAUCGUUGUUGUGAUGCGGACAGCGAGUGUGGUGAUUGCGGGCUUGCGCAGCUGUGGAAUGAGUCACAGAGGCAAAUGGCGCUAUAACCGGUCCAAAGAUCAACCUCAUGGCAGCAGAAGACAUGCAUCACGACGAGAAAACAGACGUUCUUGCGGUUAUAAUAAUCCUAAGUCUUCUUCAUAUAACUCAUCAUGGAGAAAACCUAACAAUAAUGAAUACAAAUUCUCAUCAAGACAGACGGAUAAUAGACAUAUCCCCAAAAGUCCAAAGUAUGAUCCAGAAUUGGAUGGAGUUCCUAUAGAAUCUGAUGGAUCAAUGGAUUUGGAUGAUCUAUCCGAUUCAAAUAAGCCAAUUGAAGUUAAUAUUUCUUCAACAUCGACACCUAUUCCGGCCCCAAUUAGUCCUGAUAUACCAGAUCAUUGUUGGGUUGGUGAAUACCUAGAUGAAGGGGAAGAAAAAGAUACUAUUCCUUUGGCUUAUGAUAUGGCUGCUAAAGAAAUGCUUCACAAAAAACCUACACAAAUUGAGGUGAAAACUCAAAACAAUGAUUUGCAAUAUGCUUCAACAUCUUCGCGUCUAGGAGAUGAUUAUAUUGGCAAGCAGGAUAAUCUGAGGCCUUAUCAUAUGGGGAGUUCAUAUGAUAAUUCUGCUAUUGUUAAAAAUAUUAAAAACCCUGAAUUAUUUUCAGAGCAAAAGAGCAGAAUGAAUGUAGAAACACAAAGUGCAAAUGUUGAUUUGAGAAAUUACAAUGAAUUAUAUAAUGCCUUGAUCAGACCCAUGGAAUAUCUUGACAAAUGGGAAAAGCUUAAUCCCAAGAUUCAACCAUCAAAACAUUCUCAAGCUCAGCCUGCAGAAGUAUUUGAUUAUGGUCACGGAGAUAGCAACAGAUUGCGUAGUCCGAGUCUCCCUCUGAGCAACCAGUCAAUGUCGUUCCAUGAAGAAAAGCCUUAUUUGAAUGAUUCAGGAAGUAAAUUUCAUUACAAAAAACCUAGCCGCCAAACUUCUAGAUCUCGUUCUCGUGAGCCAGUUAAAAUGACAUACGAGGACUACAAGAAAAAAUAUUCAAAAAAAUUGCAAAAUCCCUCUCCCACACGUCAGCAUUUCGACUCCGUACAAAACACACGUCAGCACUUUGACUCCGUACAAGACAAACUUUACUUUGCCGAAAAAAAAACUAGGGGUCCUAAUGCAUCAAAUUCUGAUUUAUCCAACUAUGUAUCUCAGCCGCAACCCAAUGAUAGCUCUAAUGACUUUAUACCUGUUCGAGAUAACUCUGUAAAUCGGGAGACCCAGGAAGGUUUUCCUAUCACCGUAUUGACAACAUCAUAUCGUCAAAGACGUAGUUCUUCCAGAACAACUGAAGAUUUGGACAAUUCUGUGGAAUCGAUGACCGCUGAACAACCACUUAGAAUAAAACCGGAUUUGAAAAAAUUCCAGAAAGACUUUAACAGACGAAAUGUUUCAUCAGAUAAUGUAUUGAAAGUCUGUGGGAGCAGCCACCAACCUCAGACAACCUAUUAUAGGGGGAGCUUCAAUGACACACGUAAAGUUUUAUUUGAUAAGACUAAAGAAAAGAUUGGCAGCAAAAAGAAGGAACAAGAUCCCAUCUCAAAUUCUCGCAUCGUUGUGAGAAAUUCUCCCCGAACAUAUUCACCUUCACGUUAUUCGCCACCUCCUCCACCACCGCUUCCCUCGAAUCGGGAUAGAUUGUUGAAAAAGUCCACGGUGACUGGUCGAUUGCCAAAACCAACACACUCCUAUUCUAUUGAUCCAAAACCUACUAUGGAAGGUGCAGAUGCCAGCUUCCCAUUUCUCAAAAGUCAUGAAGCCAGUGACAAGCAUUCAGAUGACAGUGAUGAAGGACAUUCCAUUCCAGUAUUUCAGCGUCGACCUACAAAAAGGCACUCGUCACAUGACAUUUUGAAAACAUCACGUUCUCGAAGACAUGAAAGUUUUGUUGAAACCAAUGAAAAGGAAAGUAAAUUUAUCCCUGCCAAUGAACAUACCUCUCACACAGAAAGAUUUGAGGAAAACGUUGAAUUUGGUGGAUUCAAAAAGAGAAAAUUGAAUCGUCCGAAUUUCAAGAAUUUCCAAAAUCUGUCCGAAAGACUGGGUGAUGAGGUUCAUGCUUCUAAAAAUCGUGAUUAUUCUGUCCAUAAUCGAGAACGUUUGGCUGAUGUUCUUCCUGUUCCAUCCAUCGAUACAUCUGUAAUGCCAUUGCCAAUGGAAGAUGCAAGAAUAUUUCAAUCACGCUCUGUAACGGAUAAGCCACCAAGUGAAACACGGUCGACUUCAAGUAAUAUGUCAUCAGAGAUAAUUGGAAGAAAUUAUGACAGAAAAAAUCAUGUAACGAACUUGCAAUACAGAGCGAUGAGCAAAGAAAGAUAUGUGUGUCACGAUGAAACUAAGCAAAAGUCUAUUCCGCCUUUGAUGGACAUGAAUCUUGAGUCACCAUCAAGAGGUGAUUCGGUUGUACCAUUUAUUGAGGGUGAUUUUGACUCUAGGAAUAAAAAAUAUGAUACAAAAUUUACAAAGUAUAGAGAUUCUAGCAGGCCAUCAAGUAGAGAAAGUAAUCCACCAGUCGGAGGUAAGAACGCUGUUCAACGAGAACGACAAGUUCGUCAUGUCGAUAAGGAACAUUUGGAAGAUGAACAUGAUAAAAGAAGCACAUCGUAGCAAACGUUCACCAAAUUUUAGAACUGACGGACGAUCUGCAAGUAAGAGAAAGAAGCAAGGACGCUGUUCAACAAGAACGACAAUUUCGUCAUGUUGAUAAUGAAAAUUGGAAAGAUGAACAUGAUAAAGAAUCACAUCGUAACAACCGUUCACCAGAUUUAGAACUGACGGACGAUCUGCAAGUAGAGAAAGAAGCAAGGACGCUGUUCAACAAGAACGACAAGUUCGUCAUGUCGAUAAUGAAAAUUGGAAAGAUGAACAUGAUAAAGAAGCACAUUGUAACAAACGUUCACCAGAUUUUAGAACUAACGAACGAUCUGCAAGUGGAGAAAAAAGUUUUCCCGAAUCUAAAAAAGAUCACCUAAAAUAUGUAAGAAAGAGAGGCGGUGAUUCGGCACAAACAAAAGAUCUUCCCUCUACGAAAAGAUCUGUUGUGAGAGAAACUAGAAAUCAACAAAGAAUUGUCACUUCAGAGGAAGAAAGUAAUUUCAGUGAUCUGACGCAGAUAAAAAGAAAACCAGAUUCAAUUCAACCU